AUGGCCGGCGAAUAUCCUAAUGACGGCAAAAUAGCCGAGCGAAAAGCUGUCGGAAGCGACGGGCAAUCAGUCAUUCUUGGGGAGCUCCAUGGUAUGGACGAUGAUGCCAUUCUGCGAGCACAAGGACACGCUCCGGCAUUGAAGAGAACAUUCAAUACUCUUGGAACCCUCGGUUUAGGCUUCAGUAUCACAAACUCGUGGUUGUCAUAUGCGAGUUGCUUUGGGCAGAGUAUGGUAUAUGGUGGUCCGCAAGCAACGGUAUUUGGCCUGAUUGUGGCUUGCUUUGUGCAAUGGAUUGUAGCCGCUGGCAUGGCUGAAGAAGCCUCUGCUUUUCCAUCCUCGGGAGGCCAAUACCACUUCACAUCUAUCUUGGCCCCGAAGAAACACAAGAAGUUUGCGGCCUUCUCGGUUGGGUUGCUCAGCAUCGUCGGGUGGUGGGUCAUUACUUGUUCAGGGUUGUCCAAUAACGUUCAGUCGAUCAUGGGCAUGGUUCAGUUUGUGAAUCCCAGCUUCGAGCCCCAACGCUGGCAGUUUUAUCUGGUGUAUCUUGCACUAUUAGUUGUUACUCUCGUGCCGAUUUUCACCAUCCCUCAGCGCCAUAUUGGGAAGUGGACAACGCUCUGCUUAGUUCUGUCAAUCCUCGGAUUCUUCAUUGUCACCAUUGUCAUCCUGACAAUGUGCAAGUCAUUUCAGCCUGCCAGUCAGAUCAUCAAAUUCGACGGUGCCAGUGGAUGGCCGAAUGGGAUGGCUUGGUUCAUGAGCAUCGGCAACGCCAUGUACGCCUUUGCGAGCCUAGAUGCCGUAAUCCACAUUGCGGAGGAGAUGCAUCAUCCCGGGAAAGAGAUUCCUCGUGUCAUCAACUUGACUCUAAUGAUCGGCUUGGUAACAUCAGUGCCUUUCAUCAUCGCGAUGAUGUUCGUUAGCAAAGAUGUUGAGGCUGUGCGGGGUGCAAUUCUGCCUAGUCUUGAAGCAUUUUAUCAAGCCACAGGAAGCAAGACUGCAGCAUUAGGCUUGCAAAUACUGUUGACUAUUCUGUUUUACACGUGCAUGCCAAGUCAGUGGAUCACAUGCGGACGCCUGACAUGGGCUUUUGCUAGAGACAACGGACUUCCGAGGUCAAACUACUGGACUGAGAUCCACUCAUACUAUCAGUUCCCUGUACGAACCACUCUCCUCUCGGCAGCCUUCUGUGCGAUCUAUGGAUUGCUAUAUGUUGCGAGUACCCAAGCGUUCAACUCCAUCAUCGUAUCCGCAGUCCUCGCAGUAAACAUCUCCUACGUUGUGCCGCAAGCUAUCUGCCUCGUGCAAGGCCGAGGGAAGACCCUUCCCAAUCGUUCAUUCGAUCUUGGAAUCUGGGGAUACUUUUGCAAUGCGUUUUCUCCUGUUUGGAUAACUGUCAUCGGUAUCGUUAUCUGUUUCCCAAAUAUCCUACCUGUGACGGCUGCUUCAAUGAAUUACGUAUGUGUGACUUUGGGGGCAAUUGGCUGUCUCAUCAUAGGGACAUGGUACUGUAUUAGGAAGCAGUUUCAAGGGCCUUCUAUCGACUGGGCCAUGCUCAACGACCAGAACGCUAUUGACUAA